CAUUUUUCUCUGGUUUGCCUAAUCUGGGUAUGGAUCAAUUCAGGCAGAUAGGGAAGGUUUUAGGGAGUUUAAAUGCUCUCAUGGUAUUUCAACACGACAUCCGGAUUAACCAGCGCCAGUGCUGUUUGCUGUCUGAUGUCUUCACUCUCGCGUUUCAAGGCAUCGCAGAGGAGCUCAAGCAAAAUCUGAGAUUUGAAGAGAAGCACACCAAAUGGAAGGCACUUGAGUACCCAUUGAGAGAGCUUCACCGUGUCUUCAAAGAAGGGGAAAUCUAUGUUCAGCAGUGCAUGGACAACAAGGAUUGGCUGUCCAAAGUCAUUUCCCUGUCACGGAACACAGAAUGCGUCGAAUUCCACAUCCACAACUUGCUCUCUUGCAUCCCAAUCGUCAUUGAAGCUAUAGAGACAGCAGGAGAAAUCUCAGGGUGUGACCAGGAUGAGAUCCUGAAGAAGAGGGUAGUCUUGUCAAGGAAGUAUGAGAGGGAGUGGAUGGACCCAAAACUCUUCCAAUGGAAUUUCGGGAAGCUUUACCUGGUUUCUCAAGAUAUCUGCAACAGAUUGGAUGCCGUUUGGAAGGACGAUAGGUGGCUUCUUCUAGAGGCAAUCAGAGAAAGGAGGAGUUCAGUGCCUGUAACCAAACAAGAGCAACGUCUCAUGGAGCUCCUACUCAAGAACCUUGACACCAACAAACCCUCCGAUGGGAAGCUCUACCCAAGCUCAAUAUUGGUGGGUUCAAAAGACUACCAUGUUAGGAGGCGACUAGGGAGUGGGAGCCAAUUCAAGGAAGUCCAUUGGUUAGGUGAAAGCUUCGUUGUAAGACAUUUCUUCGGAGAGAUUGAGCCUGCAAUUCCUGAGAUAUCUCUUCUCUCAUCCCUCUCUCACCCUAACAUAUUGCAAUACCUUUGUGGGUUCUCAGAUGAAGAAAAGAAAGAGUGUUUCCUAGUUAUGGAGCUGAUGAAUAAGGACCUCAAUGGCUAUAUCAAAGAGCUUUGCAGCCCGAGGAGGAUGGUUCCAUUUUCUGUUCCCGUAGCAGUCGAUCUAAUGCUUCAGAUUGCUAGAGGGAUGGAGUAUCUCCACUCCCACAAGAUAUACCACGGAGAAUUAAAUCCAAAUAACAUCCUAGUUCGAUCAAGGAAUUCCUCUGAUGGAUACUUGCAAGUGAAAAUAUCAGGAUUUGGCCUAUCCUCUAUUAAGAAAUUCAGCCAUCGAUCCUCCUCAAAUCAAAAUGAGGCACCAUUCAUCUGGUAUGCUCCAGAGGUUCUAUCGGACCAAGAACAGCCAGAGAGUACCUCCAGUUGCAAGUACGCUGAGAAGGCAGAUAUUUAUAGCUUUGGGAUGAUUUGCUUUGAGCUUUUGACAGGGAAGGUUCCAUUUGAGGAUGCACAUCUCCAGGGAGACAAGAUGAGCAGAAACAUUAGGGCAGGGGAGAGGCCACUCUUCCCAUUCCCUUCACCAAAAUACCUUACCAACUUGACCAAAAAAUGUUGGCAUACUGACCCAACUCAGCGUCCAAGUUUCUCAUCCAUCUGUAGGAUCCUCCGCUACAUCAAGCGGUUCCUAGUGCUGAACCCAGACCAUAGCCAGCCUGAUCCUCCAAUGCCGCCUGUUGAUUUCUGUGAUAUAGAGGCAUGGUUCUCCAAGAAGUUCUCUGUAGAAGGGAGUCCUGACCCAGCACCGGUAUCACAUAUCCCGUUUGAGAUGUUUGCGUAUAAGGCAAUGGAGAAGGAGAGGAUCAGUGUGAAUUUUAGAGACAGAAGUUCGGAAUCUGGCAGUGAUGGCACUUCGGGUUGUGGGGAUGAGAAUGCAGCUCUGGUGGAUGAUCCAUUCCCUGUAGCACCCGAGAAAAAAAAUCCAGUUGGUUCCGAGCAUACCAACAAGAAACUUUCACUGGUAAAGAAGACUACCGAUGCAAAGGCCAACAAACAAACAGGAACACCAAAAGGACGAGCAUCAAGACCACCUCCACAACUGACCCAAUUUAGUCGCAGUAUGAGGCUGAAUUCUGAGAGCCAGCUUUCAGCAGUGAUGAACCCACUCAGGCAGAGAACAUCUGGUCAUGCCUCAGAUUCUGAGUUAGCUUAGGUCCAUAAACGGCACCAUCCUUCCCCCUAGAGGACAUCUCAACACAAGGUGGUAGUUUGCCAAAGUCCACAAGUGAGCGUCACAAUUUUUCCCAUCAUCUUCUAUCCAAACUUUUUGACUUAAAUGAGGCGCUGAGAGUGGUGUAACUUGCCAAGGCUGGCUGCUAACAUCAGUAUUCCUGGCAAAAAGUCUCAUAUGACCACAUUACUGUACCUGAAAGAGGAAGGGAUUUCCUUUUGCAAGGCCUAGAUUCUGGGUUGUUUUGCACCCAUGAGUGGACAAUUGCU